GACACCCUCCCAUGAUAGCAUUUCAUUUCCCGGAGGAUAAAAACACAGAGAAUACAAUGCUGCAUAAUAUUCAAAGAAACCACAGCUUCAUUGUACAAGUAGGUCAAGAAACCCUCCGUAGCCAAAACUUAGACCCCCAUCAUCAACCUCCCAAGCUGAACUUGUCUGCGAUGAAAAUCUUCAAUCGCUUCAGGAAGAUAAUAAUGAAACUUAUUUUUACUGUCCCGUCUCGAUCGGCCCGCGGCACAUCUCCGUCGGGAGCUACGAGCACUCCCAGGCAAAGGAACAGCAGCUGUGACAGAUUUGAGCCUCCGAAGACUUCAUGCAGUUCGUACUACUCGUCGCACUUGCAUUAUAACGAGGCCAUCGCCGACUGCAUCGAGUUCUUUAAUAAGUCUUCUUCUGGCCAAGAGGGCAGUUUGGAUGAUGGAGAAUUCAACGUUAUGGUCUGAUAGAUAUCAUUUCGCCUGCAUCGAUCACAAUAUCACAUUGUUUCUACUGGUGUUUAAUAUUUGCCUCAUUUUUUCGUAUAAUUAAUUUGUGAUCUUUGUUUUCGUCCCAAGCCCAUCGAAAUAGCAAGUAAUGAAACUUUGGUGUAAGGGUAAAUGUUCUUAUCCAGUUGCAUGUUAAAGUAUUUGAUUUGUUUGCUAUUCGUGUCUCUUAGAUU